AUGGCCACAAAAACCCAUGGCUCAAAGAAACACCUCCAGCUGCUGUCUUUUCUGGCGGCUUUUGUAGGGUUGACCUUCAGUGGGAAUGUGUUGAUCUGGCCAACAGAAGCCAGUCACUGGCUAAACAUCAAGAUAGUUAUACAGGAGCUCAUCCAUCGCGGCCAUGGCGUCACCAUCCUGGUCUCCAACGCUUCACUCUUCAUUAAACCCAGGGCUGAGGCUGUGGAGAAGUAUGAAGUCUAUGCUGUGCCCUUCAAGAAAGACACAAUCCAGAACCUGAUUGAGGAUUUAGUAGCGCUGUGGCUGAACCACAAACCAACCACUUGGACUUUGUGGCAGUUUUAUAAGGAGCUGGGAAAACUCUCCAUGAACUGGAACCAGAUAAACAGGCAAAUGUGUGAUGCGGUGCUCACCGACCGAGAGCUGAUGGCCCGGCUUCGGGCUGCCGGCUAUGACCUGCUGCUGUCAGACCCGGUGACUCUCUGUGGCGACCUUGUGGCUCUCAAACUGGCCGUGCCCUUCAUGUACUCGCUGCGCUUCACCCCCGCCUCCACAGUGGAGAGGCACUGCGGCAAGAUCCCGGCCCCACCAUCCUACACGCCCGCAGCCCUCUCCGAGCUCACAGACCGCAUGUCUUUUGGUGAAAGAAUAAAAAACAUAAUGUCUUAUCACUUGCAAGACUACAUUUUCCAGAGCUACUGGGGAGAAUGGGAUGCGUACUACAGCAAGGUCCUAGGUAAGCCUUCUGCUAUUUCACUUGCUCGUUAA